CGCCGGGGUGCAAAAACUGGGCCAGGGGCGGGGCUUCGGCCGGCGACGUGAGCGUGAAGGGGCGGGGCCUGCACGAAGGCGCAUCAGAGCUUGGAGGCGGGUCCUGGAUGGGAGGGGCGGGGCCGAAUGCAGCAUUCGGCCAAGUGAGAAGAUGCCGAGAGCCGGGCAAGCGGCUUCAGCCUCAUCCACGGCCCGAAGUUAGGUGGGUACACCUGGAACUUCCGGGUGAAACCGUGCGCAUUUCCGGUUAAGAUGGCGGCGCCCAGCAGAGGCUGGUGCGGGCGACUUUGUCUGUAGGAGCAGCGACGGCUUGAGGACCCGGGGAGGUGAGAUCCUACCCACUCCGGCGCCCGUCUUCGGAGAGGAGGGAGAAGACUUGUUGCUAAGGCGUCCAAAGGGCGGGCUUGUUGCUAUGGAGGUGGAGCAGUUGGACCCUCAAGAAUCGACCCGUCAGGACACCAGAGCUGCUUCAGCGGUGAACACCUUCUCCCCUUAACAUAUUCUUCCCUUCACAAACUGCCCAUGGCGGACGAAGGCUCAAGGGGCAGCCGCCUGCCCCUGGCACUACCCCCGGCCUCCCAGGGUUGCUCUUCAGGGGGGGGCGGCGGCGGCGGCGGCGGCAGCGGCGGCGGCUCCGGCUCCGGCUCCGGCUCCUACUCGGCCGGGGGGUCGGGCAAUUCCCGGCCCCCACGCAACCUUCAAGGCCUGCUGCAGAUGGCCAUCACCGCUGGCUCUGAAGAGCCAGACCCUCCUCCAGAGCCCAUGAGUGAGGAGAGGCGUCAAUGGCUUCAGGAGGCCAUGUCGGCUGCCUUCCGAGGCCAGCGGGAGGAGGUAGAGCAGAUGAAGAGCUGCCUCCGUGUACUGUCACAGCCCAUGCCCCCUGCUGCUGGUGAGGCGGAGCAGGUGGCAGACCAGCAGGAGCGAGAGGGGGCCCUGGAGUUGCUGGCCGACCUGUGUGAGAACAUGGACAAUGCUGCAGACUUCUGCCAGCUGUCGGGCAUGCACCUGCUGGUGGGCCGGUAUCUGGAGGCAGGGGCCGCAGGACUGCGGUGGCGGGCGGCACAGCUCAUCGGCACGUGCAGCCAGAACGUGGCCGCCAUCCAGGAGCAGGUGCUGGGCCUGGGUGCCCUGCGCAAGCUGCUGCGGCUGCUGGACCGUGACGCCUGUGACACGGUGCGCGUCAAGGCCCUCUUCGCCAUCUCCUGUCUGGUCCGAGAGCAGGAGGCUGGGCUGCUGCAAUUCCUCCGCCUGGACGGCUUCUCUGUGUUGAUGCGGGCCAUGCAGCAGCAGGUGCAGAAGCUCAAGGUCAAAUCAGCAUUCCUGCUACAGAACCUGCUGGUGGGCCACCCCGAACACAAAGGGACCCUGUGCUCCAUGGGGAUGGUCCAGCAGCUGGUGGCCCUGGUGCGGACAGAGCACAGCCCCUUCCACGAGCAUGUGCUUGGAGCCCUGUGCAGCCUGGUGACAGACUUCCCUCAGGGUGUGCGCGAGUGUCGGGAGCCAGAACUGGGCCUGGAGGAGCUCCUCCGCCACCGCUGUCAGCUGCUACAGCAGCAUGAGGAGUACCAGGAGGAGCUGGAGUUCUGCGAAAAGCUGUUACAGACGUGUUUCUCCAGCCCGACGGACGACAGCAUGGAUCGGUGAAACCAGGUGGCUUCUUGCCCCCUUCUCCGUGGGAACCCCAGGCCUCUUGCCUCCCUCCCCACCUACAAGGCCCUCUCCCAAGGGAUCGCAGGACCUAGGUGCCUGGACCCGGGGUGUGCCAGCCCAUGUCUGUAUAGCCCCUACAGGGGGCGCUGAGAAAGGCACCAGGUUCUUGGACCCCACCUCCCAUGCUCUCACUCUCAUCCCCAUUCUCUUGUCUACACAACUUUUCCAAUAAAGGUGUUUCUCCUCCUC